AUUCUAACCUUGCAUUUGUUUAUUUAGAAUGUACGAACUGAGCUGCUACUUACCUCAAGAAAAAGAUCUGAAAAUUUCUGUCUAUGAUUAUGACACCUUUACUCGUGAUGAAAAGGUGGGAGAAACAAUUAUUGAUUUGGAAAACCGAUUCCUUUCCCGGUUUGGGUCCCACUGCGGCAUCCCGGAGCAAUACUGUGUUUCUGGAGUAAACACCUGGCGAGAUCAGCUGAGACCAACACAGUUGCUUCAAAAUGUAGCCAGAUACAAAGGCUUCCCACCACCCAUCCUUUCUGAAGAUGGAAGUAGAAUCAGAUACGGAGGGCGAGACUAUAGUUUGGAUGAAUUCGAAGCCAACAAAAUCCUGCACCAGCACCUCGGGGCCCCUGAUGAGCGUCUUGCCCUUCACAUCCUCAGGACUCAGGGACUGGUCCCUGAGCACGUGGAAACCAGGACUUUGCACAGCACCUUCCAGCCCAACAUUUCCCAGGGGAAACUUCAGAUGUGGGUAGAUGUUUUCCCUAAGAGUUUGGGGCCACCAGGCCCUCCUUUCAACAUCACCCCCAGGAAAGCCAAAAAAUACUAUCUGCGUGUGAUCAUCUGGAAUACCAAGGACGUUCUCUUGGAUGAGAAGAGCAUCACAGGAGAGGAAAUGAGUGACAUCUAUGUCAAAGGCUGGAUUCCUGGCAAUGAAGAAAACAAACAGAAAACAGAUGUCCAUUACAGGUCCUUGGAUGGUGAAGGGAAUUUUAACUGGAGAUUUGUUUUCCCAUUUGACUACCUCCCAGCUGAACAACUCUGUAUCGUUGCUAAAAAAGAGCAUUUCUGGAGUAUUGACCAAACUGAAUUUCGGAUCCCACCCAGACUCAUCAUUCAGAUAUGGGAUAAUGACAAGUUUUCUCUGGAUGACUAUUUGGGUUUCCUGGAACUUGACUUGCAUCGCACCAUCAUUCCAGCAAAAUCAUCAGAGAAAUGCAGUUUGGACAUGAUUCCAGACCUCAAAGCCAUGAACCCCCUUAAAGCAAAAACUGCCUCAUUGUUUGAGCAGAAGUCCAUGAAAGGCUGGUGGCCGUGCUAUGCAGAUAAAGAUGGCUCCCGUGUGAUGGCUGGGAAAGUGGAGAUGACAUUGGAAAUCCUCAAUGAGAACGAGGCAGACGAGAGGCCAGCCGGGAAGGGACGAGAUGAACCCAACAUGAACCCCAAGCUGGACCCACCGAACCGACCAGAAACCUCCUUCCUCUGGUUCACCAACCCGUGUAAGACCAUGAAGUUCAUCGUGUGGCGCCGAUUUAAGUGGGUCAUCAUCGGCCUGCUAUUCCUGCUGAUCCUGCUGCUCUUCGUGGCCGUGCUCCUGUACUCCUUACCGAAUUACUUGUCAAUGAAGAUUGUGAGGCCAAAUGCAUAGUGGAAGCAAAAGCUUCUUUUCAAGUCAUCCGGCAAUGAGGGAAUCCUGUCUCCGUUUAUAGACCGAAAUCAAGAGUGAUUUUGUUUGCAUCUGACACUGAUCCGAGCGGCUUGUUAGGUUACUUCACCGAGGCCCGGAGCUCCCAGAGGUCUAGGUCCUGAAAAGUCAGGCCAACAAGCAACAUUUUUAUUUUGUUACCUUUUGAAGUAUUAAGUUUUAACCAUGUUUUUCGGGACAUUUUUCCAGGUGGCUGGUUCCAUUUAAAAAGCAUCUUUUUUAUGAGUCUUUAAUUUUAUAAUUCAAUUUUUAGAAAUUGCUGAAAUCAAACUAGACUAUUUCUGCAGCUUAACUUCAUAUACUUAUUUGUGAUCAAAAAGGACUGUGCAUUAUAAAGUAGAAUAGUGAGAGUCAUUCUUAUUUAUGCCUGCAACCACUUUUACGGCAUUUUAUACGGAUGAGUGUCAUAAGACUCUCUUCAAUCUCUGUGAUGAACCCAAAUAAAAACAUUUCACCUCUGA